CAUCUUCUCUUCUCUCCAUAUCCACUACACUGCAACUUGAUUCCACGAGCUUGACCUACAGAACUCCAUUCCGCAGUACAACUGAAACAAUCGAUCUCUUUCUAUACACAAUACACCGCCAAUCAAUCCAUUAAAGAAACAAAAAAGAGAAAGAAAAUGCAUCCCCCAUCACCCCAACUCCUCCGCGCCCUCCGCCGCACCAUCACAACAACCACCCCCCUCAUCCGAGCCACACCCCCAAUCCGAACCACCACCUCCGCCUUCGCCCCCCGAAUCACCUCUACCAUAAUCCCUCACCGCCCCAACAGCACCCACUCCCAGACACCCGUCCGCAUGAUCCCGCGCGCGCACGGCUCCAAACCCGCCAACCACGACCGCGGACCCGAAUCCACCGAAGACACGCAGACGGACUUCGCGGCGCUCGACGUGCUGGGUAGUAUCCCUGUGCCGACGACGGCUGUGGACGCAUGUUUGGACUCCGGGUUCCAUUUGAAUAGCGGGUUGAAGAUUACCAAGGGGGAUGGGGUUUUGCUGGUGGGUGGGGAGGUUUUUACUUGGAGGCCUUGGAGGGCGGUUGCCGGCGGUGCUGGUGGGAGUGGAAGUGGCAAGGAAGGGGAGAAGAGGGAGAAGGCGGGGAUGGUCAAUGGGAGGGGACAGUUUGAGUUGGAUGAGAGCGUUUGGGGGGUUUUGGGGGUUGUGUGGCCGCGGCCUGAUAUAUUGAUCAUCGGGAUGGGCGCUCAUGUCAUGCCGCUAUCGCCUGAGACGAAGAGACGGGUCAAUUCUCUGGGGAUCAGGGUGGAUGUGCUGGAUACGCGGAACGCUGCGGCGCAGUUUAAUCUGUUGGCUACUGAGCGAGGUGUUUCUGAGGUGGCGGCUGCUAUGAUACCUAUUGGGUGGAAUGGGUGGGAGGCGAGGUAGUCUUUCCAUAUUGUGAUAACACGAGAAUGACGGAUUUGGACUGAUGUGGCUGUUGCUGUGUAAUAUUUUACAACCACUAUGUACGAUAUGUAUAAUCUACUUUCUCA